AUGCCCACCAAUGGGAUCAGCAAGGCCCUCAAGCUCCAGUUCGGCCUCAUCAACCACCAGAGCCGCUACCUGACGGCCGAGACCUUCGGCUUCAAGGUGAACGCCUCGGGCGCCAGCCUGAAGAAGAAGCAGAUCUGGACGCUGGAGCAGGACGAGCAGGACGCGCAGGUGGUGUUCCUGCGCUCGCACCUGGGCCGCUACCUGGCGUCGAACAAGGACGGCAAGGUGAGCUGCGACGCCGAGAGCCCCACGGCUGCCGACUGCCGCUUCCUGAUCGUGGCGCAGUCGGACGGCCGCUGGGCGCUGCAGUCCGAGCCGCACCUGCGCUACUUCGGCGGCCAGGCCGACUACCUGUCGUGCUUCGCCCAGGCCAUCGGCGAGACGGAGCUGUGGGCCGUGCACCUGGCGCUGCACCCGCAGGCCAGCCUGCUCAGCGUGGCGCGCAAGCGCUACGCCCACCUGUCCAAGCCCGAGAGCGAGAUCUCGGUGGACAGCAACAUCCCCUGGGGGGUGGACUCGCUGGUCACGCUCCUCUACCUGGACGGCAAGUACUGCCUGAAGACCUGCGACAGCCGCUUCCUCUGCUCCGACGGCAAGCUGGUCAAGGAGAGCAACCCGCAGACCAGCUUCACGCUGGAGCUCAAGUCCGGCAAGCUGGCCUUCAAGGACUCGGACGGGAAGUACCUGACGCCCAUGGGGCCCACGGGCACGCUGCGAUCCGGACGCUGCUCCAAGCCGGGCAAGGACGAGCUCUUUGACCUCGAGGAGAGCCACCCACAGGUGGUGUUCCAGGCAGCUAACAAUCGAUUUGUUUCCACGCGUCAAGGAGUGAGCAUAUCUGCAAACCAGGAUGUGGAAACAGACAUGGAGACCUUUCAGAUGGAGAUUGAUAAGGAGACCAAGAAGUGCAUGUUCAGGACCAACGGGGGAAACUAUUGGACUCUUGUGUCACAUGGAGAAAUCCAGUCCACAGCUACAGAGAUAGAGCCCAACACCAUGUUCGACAUCCAGUGGCUUGACCGCAGGGUGGGCCUGAAGGCAAGUAACGGGAAGUUCGUGUGCACCAAGAAGAAUGGCCAGCUGGCUGCAGUCAGCGAUUCAGUGGGAGAGGACGAGCAGUUCCUGAUGAAACUCAUAAACAGGCCCAUCCUAAUCCUCCAUGGGGAGAACGGCUACGUGUGCCACCACAAAAGCUCCAACACUCUGGAUGCCAACCGCUCCGUCUACGACAUAUUCGCUUUGCUCUUUAGUGAUGGAGCAUAUCACAUCAAAUCAGGUAGUGGGAAGUUCUGGCACGUGUCCAGCAGUGGGCUGGUCUGCUCGGACGGGGAGAAGCCGGAAGACUUCUUCCUGGAAUUCCUGGAGCACGGCCGCAUCGGCAUCAAGAGCAAGAGCGGCAAGUAUCUGCGGGGGGACCAGGGGGGAACGAUGAAGGGAGAUGCCGACCAAAUCGACGCGUCCUCGCUAUGGGAAUACUGAAGCCCAUGUGUGUGUGUUUUUACUCUCUCAUUCUGAAACUCCCAAACCUAGCCAUAGCCACUGCCCCCCUGAAACAUACGCAACUCCUGGUCAUAGCCUACA